AUGGAGUCGAGAUACAGAGAGGAAAGUUUUCUAGAGGUGGCGGUGGAAGUAACAAUCUUGCUCAUCUCGUGCUGUGGCACAAUUCUUGGUAACGUGAUGGUUCUUGUUGCUGUGGUUAUGAAGGAGAAACUUCACAGUCCAACCUAUUUCUAUUACCUUAGUUUGGCAGCAUCUGACUUGAUAUUAGGUAAGUGUCUCCAACUGUGUAAACUCUUGUGGUUACUCCAAUAUGUUUAAGGUAUGAUUCCCUUGUCAGUUUGCACAGACCAUAUCACCUAUAGCUACUGCCCAUAACAUUGUGACUUCAAAAGAAGAGGUGAUAUUUUUCCCGGUCGUCUGAAGAGAGGUAGCAAAGGCCUCUUUUGAAGUGAAAAUGAUUUUGAUAGCGAUUAUGGUAACUCUUUCCGGCUAAAAAGGUACUGGUCGUGAAACUGAUCCCAGUCCAUUCGCGCAAAAUGGUUAUUUAAACCCAAAAUUGUCGCUUUAAUUUGUUGUCUUCAGUUUGCAAUGAACCGAGAACGCGUAAGGUAACCCCUUUCCACCUUUUAUUUACCCCUAAUGGCUACAUGAAAAAUAUAUCUAAAUUAAGGGGAAAGAAAUAUAAAUUGAAGAAGUUGAAUUGUCUUAGAUAUGAAUGACAUGAAACUCCGCGUUUGGAACCACAGAGAAGUAUACAAUACAUCAGUGCAAGGAUUAAAACUGUCCACUUAUUUACACAUUUUACUGAAAAAGUAUAGCGAAGACAAACAAACGAGCUCUAAUUUUCGCAGUAAGAUUCAUAGUUUUAGGAACAGUUAGGAACCUAAUUAGCUCCUGGUUUUUGCCAUAUUAUAAGCAGAAUUUUUGACGGUUGUUUUAGUUUCGAAUAUUUCACGCGGAACUAGGUAGACUAACGGGCACGCAGGACGAAAACAAGCAAGGUGACCCCAUAUUUUUAAUGCAAUAUUUUAAUGUCCCAUAUAUGGCUUUCAAAUGAGUAGAGUUUGAAAAAAAAUUGCAUUUUCUUUUCAAGGGAAUUACCCGUUAGCACAACUGAAACCCCGUUAUUAUAUUACUGAAAUUGAGGGGGCCAAAGGAAGUGUUGGUAUAUAUUAACGGGGUGUUCGUAUUAAGAGGGUUGAGUAGGGAAAAUGCAAGGGCUUUCUUUCCCCAGGGAAAAAGCCAAUUGUCCAUAAUAUAGAAGUGUCCAUAUUAAACGGGACUCCGUAAAGCGGGGUUUGGAAUUAUUGGUGAUUUGAAACAUACGGCAUUUUAAGAAGUCAUCUACUCAGCCGAGUUUAAGUAAGUUAGAUAGUUGUUUAAGUGGUCAGUGAAAUAGUGAGGCCAUUCACGGCCUUGAUCACAGUACAGUUGUUAGUCACAGUCAACUACUUUAAUUUUACCUGUAGUCAGUGGGUUUAUUAUAUAUUGUAAUAUUUAAUCAUUUAUACGUUGUCUGCAGUUGGUAACGAAUCAGAGUGGAAAACAGUUUUGGUUCCAUUUCUGUCCACAGGAGCGGCGCUUUAAUGUCAUGUUCUGCGCAAUUUAUAAAUAAUGGUCAUCGUUCAUCGACACUGUACUAAAAGGCUUUCCGUUCUUUAGGCGUCUUGUGUAUACCCCUGGUCAUAGCCGCGUUUGUGCUACACCACUGGCCAUUAGGAGACACCUUAUGCCAGAUAUAUGCCGUACUCAUAAGCUUUUCAGUGAAUUCUGCUAUAGUGACGCUGACCAUCAUUAGCGUGGACCGCUACAACGCACUCUCGAAACCACUAGAGACAAUGGCCGAGAUGACAGUAACUAAACGGCACUACAAACUCAUCAUAGCUGCAAGCUGGGUGCAUUCAAUAUUCUGGGCUAUUGGUCCUCUAUUUAACUGGGGAAGCACUAAGUUGGACGAGUUUACACACACUUGUAACCCAAACUGGGGUGGGGAGGGGCUAGCCAACAAAAGCUAUAUGCUUUCACUGGCGAUUUUUGCCUUUGCUUUACCUGUCGGAGCAAUGGUUUAUACUUACUUCAGAAUAUACCGCAUAGCGAGAGCGUCCAAAAGAAAGAAUGUCUACAACCUUAUUCCCUCAAAAAACGAGACUGAAGAGAAUGCAGAAGCCGCAAUGACUAAGACACACGCAAGUAAUGCUGGACCUGAUGAAGACAACAAAGCCCUCAAGACAGUCCUACUGUUGGUUGGAUCAUUUGCCGCGUGCUGGGCUCUCUACUCCCUGGCAACAGUUUGGAAGCUAAUCAACCCCAGUUCGGUUCCUCCCUGGAUUGUCCGUGGAGGACUGGUCCUCACCCUCUGUAACUCCUGUAUCAACCCUUUCAUAUAUUCAAUACGAGACGGGAUAAUGAAGCAAGAAAUUAAAGGUUUGAUUUUCAAGAGAUUCUGUAAAAGCAGCUAA